AUGGAACAUCCCAGAACUCAUUCUGCUACAGCCACUGCAAAUACUCCAUCAAGUACAAGAAAUUCUUCAACUUCUUCAAAUCAACAAUCGGGGCAAGUACCGUCGGGACCUGGAUCUAAUAGUAAUGAAGUAACUACUGAUCCUGUUGUUGCGGCUGCAGCUGCCGCUGCAGCUAUGGGUGUUUCAAAUGAUGAUGAUGAAGAAAAUUUAUUGUCUAAUAAGAUAAGCGAUCCUCCUCAACAAUUACAUCAUACACAUACACAUACAAAUGAAGUAGUUGAUCCAAUGGAAGCACCAUUAUCUGGGUUAGGAACUCCUGGUUCUUGUUCAGAGGGAUUAACAUUAACAGAUACAACGACUACCACAACAACUAUUAAUACUACUUUACAACAUGAAGAUACUCCAACUUCUGAUAAUAGUAAUAUUAAUAUCAAGAGAAAUGAUAUAACGAUGACAUCAACUAGACAAGAAAUGGGUCCCUUAGAUAACAAUAAUAAUUUAUUUAAACAGUUUGAUUCAAAGACUGGUCAAUUUAUGCGUACUUCAGAUUUAGAAAAUGAUAGUAAUAAUAAUAUACAAUCACUUCAAAAGGAGAAAAAUAAAGAAGAUUUACCACCAACAGAAAAUUCAUUAAAUAUACAAUCUAACAAACAACAAGUUAAAUCAAAACAAAAUCAACCUUCAUUUCAUUUACUAUCAUCAUUUAAAUCAAGAUCAAAUUCUGUGCCGACAAUAUUACAUUCUUCUUUGAAAAGAUUGUCGAAUCAUGGCAAUUACUAUGGAAAUAAUCCAAACCAUCACAAUAAUGGUAAUAAUAUGAAUAGUCAGAAUGUUACAAGUGGUGGUAAUAUGUUGAUUGGUAAUAAUGGGGGAACAAAUCAAACAAUAAUUACUCAUCCAAUGAAUCCUUAUGGAAUAAUGAAAAAGAAAUCUCUUAGAUCACAUCAUCCACAUAUUUUACAAUCACAAGGUCUUGGGAACUCAUCAUCAGGAAUAUCGUCGUCAUCAACAAAUGCAUUAAGUAAUACUACAUUGAGGCAGGCAAUCUUAUUAACACAAGAAGCAUUAAAUAGUUCAACAAACAGUUCAAAAGCACAGAUUAGAGCCCUUACACAAGAUAAAUACCCAAAUAUGAAUAUUCAAAACGAUAAUAACAAUAAUAACAAUAAUUUAGAUUCUGUGGUCACUUUUGAAGAUAGAGUCAACUAUGUUAAAGCUACAAGAUUACCUAUUCCAUUACCACCUAUUAAUUUACAAUGUCUCAAAGAGAUUGAUCUACAAGAGAUAGUGAAAAACCCGCAAUUGAGACAUGAUAUAAUCUUUGAUCCGCUAUUACAAUUUAGACCAAACCUUGAUGGUGAACGUGGUAUUAAGAAGAAACAUUUAUCAGAUAUUUAUUGGAAGGAUGUUGAGAAUGAGUUGAUAGUUUACUCUAAGAGACCAGAUGUCUUCAGGUACGACCAUACCAGACUUGUUCCAUUAUUUGAUACUUUAAGAGAAGUAUUAUUAACUAUUGUACCUCAAAAGGAGACUCAUCAAAUUAAUAAUAUUUUGGAUACAGAGUUGAAUGUUCAAGAAUUGAUCAAAGGAUCAUUAGUAAUGUCUAAUUUAUCCGAAUGGUUAGCUACCCUCUUCAAACAUCAUUGUGCACCAAUGAGAGAUGCAUACGUUGACAAAAUGAGUAAUAAAUUUAAAGAAGCAGAUAUGGAAGCAUCAUUACCGAAGUUUAUGGAAGGUUUGAAAUUAGUAUUCCAAAUUUUAGAAGCUAUGAAAUUAGAUAUUGCAAAUCAUCAAAUACGUCUAUUAAGACCUGCAUUAUUAAGUAAUGCAAUUGAUUUUGAAAAACAAUAUUUCAGCUCUUUAGUAGCUGCAAGAAGUGUACUAUUAAAAUCGUCAUUAACUUGGUUUAAAAACAAAAUGAUCGAAUACGUUAGCUCAGGAGAACUUAUAGUCCAGGAUAAGAACAAUUUAACAAUCCAAGAAGUUUACAAAGGUUGUAUUAAGAGCAUAAUCAGUUUACUUUCAUGUCGUAAGAUGGUUAGAGAAUUCCCAACUUCCCUUUCCUUUGAUCAUGCCAGAUUAAUCCUAUUGAGAGCAGAUAUCCGUCAAUUAGUAUGUUUAUUAGUGUGUCGUCUAUUAUUUCAACAAUUAGUAGCCAAUGACACUAAAAUUGAUAAAGCUACAAAAGUGUAUAUCAAUGCCACAUAUACCAAUAAGAGAAUGAAGGAAGAGGUCAUUAGUAUAAUUACUGAUGAUCAUGGUAAUUGUAGAUGGACUAAAAACACAUUAUCCAUUGCAGUACAUUUAUGUAAAGUGAUCGAAGAAAAGAAACAAGAAUAUUUGACAAAACAAAAGACAGCCACACAAACUGAAAAUACCGAUGAGGACGUGACAAUGGCUGAUACAGAAGAAGACACUCCAAAUACUUCCACUACUAGCGGAUUACAUCCUUCAUUAGAUAAUGAAAAGAUUAGAUUUGCAAAAGCUUGGUUAUCUAAACAGACUCAACCAUUAAGUGAAGUAUAUGGUGUCCUGGAGAAUAGAGUGUUCAAAUCCUUAGAAGAUGGUAUCUACAGCAGAUCCAAUUGUACUGUUGAAGGGAGAGUGAAGCAAGAUUUCGUAUACCUUUAUAAUAGCACAACAAAUGGCUCCAAUAACUCGACAGGCACGAGUAACGAGGACAAUACUGCUACAUCUACAACUAUUUCAUUUAAAAGCCAAGACAAUUCUUCCGGCAAUGCUAACCAAAAGACAGCAGGCCGGGAAAUUAGUGGACUGUUUGCAUUCACAGAUUCUGAAGAAUUCGAGAACAUAUACCGCCACCUAUACACAGUUAUCAAUUUGCAUUGGUCUGUCUUUGGGCAACAUUACUGUGACACCCUAAGUGACAGAAUGACCACCACUGCAUAA